CCAGCAGCCAGGCAGCACUCGGCAGUCUCGGCAGUCUCGGCACUCGGCAGCAGCCAGUUUCUACUACCAGUCCGUCCUUGUUACGCGUCGGCGACGUUGGCGUUUGUUUCGACCGCGGUACUCUCGUGACUCAUCUCUCCUCGCCGGAGGCAGUAAAUUGAACGGUGUUUUUUGUCGUUGUCAUUCAUACACGUCACGAUAGCAGGAGCUCGUGAUUCAGUGAACAACCUCAAGUUCUCCCCUUGCGACAGUUUAAUUCUUGAAUAGAAAAAUGAGCUACGGUUACCAAGGACCACCUAUUCAAUUUCCGGGACGAGCACGACCACCAUCGUUUGGAGCUCCACCUGGUACACCCUCUGCCCCUAAUGCUCUAUCUUAUUCUCCGAUGGGCUUCUCAAAUGUUCCACCGACAUCAUUUGGCAUGCCUCAACCAUACUCUCAGGCUCCCUAUCCAAUACAGCCUUCGCAUCCUUUCUCUGGCAAUGCACCUGGUCAAACUAAUACUUAUCCUCCACAACAAAUGCCAUAUCCCCAAUCUAUGCCCACGUGUUAUCCCACUGAUACACACUCUAAUCAAUCUGCACCAUCUCCUUAUCCCCAACAACAAAAUUAUAAUUCAUAUCCUAAUCUUCAAACAGCACCAGAUGCUAAAGAAUAUUUUAGCAAUAUAACUCCUUCCCCUUAUCCUUCUGGACCAAAUGCACAGACAGCUAGUUCAAUUCCAUACCAAAGAAAUAGCUAUCCCGGGGGGCAGGGGGUAAGCUCACAGUAUCCUUAUGCUGCUAAUCUUACUGCUGCUACUCGUGGUACUACCCCAGCCCCCCGGAGAGAUCAGUUUACGUCUAAGACUUCUCCCACGGUAGUACCUUACGAUGACUUUGAUGCCAGAGCGGAUGCUGAAACUUUAAGAAAAGCUAUGAAAGGAUUUGGCACUGAUGAAAAAGCUAUUAUUCAUGUUCUUGCAAAUCGUAGUAAUCUACAGCGUCAAGAGAUUACAUCUCAAUUUAAGACCCUUUAUGGAAAGGAUCUGAUAAAGGACUUAAAAUCUGAGCUGUCAGGAAACUUCGAAAAACUUGUUCUUGCCUUAAUGAUGCCUCUACCUCAAUUUUAUGCUAAAGAACUCCAUGAUGCAAUGUCUGGUCUUGGUACCGAUGAGACAGUACUCAUUGAAGUAUUAUGUACAAUGUCCAAUCAUGAAAUUUCGAUUAUUAAACAAGCAUAUGAAGCAAUGUAUCGAAAAACAUUGGAAGAUGAUUUAAUUUCUGAUACAUCUGGCAAUUUCAAACGCUUGAUGGUAUCAUUAUGUUGUGCCAAUAGAGAUGAAUCAUUUAAUGUGGAUCAAUCUGGUGCAAUGGAAGAUGCCAAAAAACUUUUGCAAGCUGGGGAGCUUCAAUUUGGUACGGAUGAGUCUACUUUUAACGCGAUUCUUGUCCAAAGAAACAUGGCACAGCUGCGACAAAUAUUCCAAGAAUAUCAUAACAUAACAGGCCAUAAUAUUGAGGAUGCGAUUGAAAAUGAGUUUUCGGGCGAUAUUAAGAAGGGUCUUCUUGCGAUUGUAAAGUGUGUCAAGAACAGAGCCGGUUUCUUCGCCGAACAGUUGUACAAAAGUAUGAAAGGCAUUGGUACGGAUGAUAACCGUCUCAUUCGAUUGGUUGUGACACGUUGUGAAGUGGAUAUGGGUGAAAUAAAGAAUGAUUUUGUCUACCGAUACAAAGAGUCAUUGGAAGAUUUCAUAUCUGGUGAUUGCUCAGGACAUUAUAAAAAAUGCUUAUUGGCACUAAUACAGACAUAAAAUACAAUAUUUUCAAUAUGGAAUUUCAUAUAUGGAAUUUCCGUGCAUUUAUCGUUCAUUUUUUACAAAUACGUAUGUAUAUGAAUGUUCAGCUCCUUCUCCUCUUAAUUUCCAACAAAUAUGCCAGUGAUAAUGCAGAUUUGUGCUUCGAAAUAUAAAUGAAUGUAUUUUUAUAUGCAAAGUUAUAUGAAGAUAUUUUGGGAUAUAUAUACAAAUACUUAAUUCGGUGAUUUUAUGAAAUUAUUGACAAUUAUGUACAAAACAAUGGCCAUGUUGAUGAAAACCAAGAAUUUCAAAUCGUAUAAUU